AUGGACAACCAAAAAUUGGACUUUGUGCCCUCCGAGGUCGCCAAAGACAUGCAGGUCCGAACCAGACAGCACAGAAACUUUGACAAGGUCGAGAACCAGCUCGUCGACCCAGAAGGUUCCGCUUCACACCAACUCUCCAUCAGUGGCAUCCUCAAUGGAAUAAGCUCCUGGAACCCCUUUGCCAAGGCAAUCGUCAAGGGCGACAUCGUCUGGCUGUUCGACAACACUGCCUUCAAAGAGGCUGAGAAUGAGGAAUGGCAGGCAGAGUUUAUCAUGGCCGUGUUCGAGAACGAGGCAAAAUGCAGGGUUGCCGAUGUCGUUGCCGGCAUUGCUGGUGUUGUCGGCCUAGCGGACGACGCCGAGGAGCGCAGGACUAUUGAACAGAGGCUGAUGCCGUUUUUGUGGGAUAUUCGGACUGCGAGGACGACUACCGUGGCUCAGGGAGAUUUGUCAUUGAAGCUGGGGCCAAGCGGCUUUAAUGGCAUCGCAAAGAAUGUCUGUAAACUUUUGCAUCAGAGCAAGGGGUCUUUUACCACCAGGAAAACUACACUUGAUGUCGAAGGCGUUGAAGGUGUUUUGACCAUGCAGACUCAUUUUGCGCUGCCUGAAGGUUGGGGAAUCAUCUCUGAUAUUGAUGACACAAUCAAAAUCACAACCACUAGCGACCCCGUCAGCAUUCUCAAAGAAACAUUCAUCAACUCUCCAUCUCCAGUCCCAGGAAUGCCCGAGCUCUACGCAGGCAUCAAAUCUUUCCUCCCACAUGACACGCCGUGGUUCUACCUCUCCGCAUCGCCCUACAACCUGUAUCCUUUCCUAAAAGGCUUCCGAGACACCUACUACCCACAAGGAACCUUUAUCCUCCGAGACUCUAGCUGGAAGACCGUGUCUGGACUUCUCUCUUCUCUGACGGUGGGCACGGAGGAGUACAAGGUUGAUCGCAUGAAGAAGAUCAAUUCAUGGCUUCCGAAGAGGAAAUUAAUCGUAUUUGGGGAUUCUACGCAAUCAGAUCCCGAGGCCUACGGCGAGAUUUACCGAACGUUCCCCGGCUGGAUCAGGAUGAUCUUCAUCCGCAAGGACACCAAUUCCUCCGCCGUUGGACUCGCGGAAAAGAACGAGCCGCAGAGAUUCGAAAAGGCGUUUACGGGCAUCCCCCGAGAGGCCUGGCACGUCUUCGAGAACCCUGACGAGUGCCUGGAUCUUGUCAAGGCUGCGGUCAAGAGAAAUUCAUGA